ACUUGCACCAGCAACCCAUCCGACGCAACGAACGAUGACCACGAUCCCGACGCGGCUCGCGCAGGCGGCGCGCACGUCGAGCAGCCCGUCCGAGGCGCGCAAGCGCGUCAUCCAGCUCUACCGCGACUGGUACCGCUCCGCCCCCGAGAUCUGCAGCCUCUACGCGCUCAACGUGCCGCCCUCCGCGAUCCGGCACGCCGUGCGCGCGCAGUUCGAGCGCAACCGCUACGUCUCCGACCAGAAAGUGAUCGACGUGCUCCUCCUCAAGGGCUACCAGGAGUUCCAGGAGACGAUGAACUGCUGGAAGCAGAACGACCACGUGCUGGGCAUACUCCUCGAGCCGAAGGAGCGGCCGCGGCGGUCGUUUUUGCAGAAGUUUUAUGAGGGGAGGGACGAGGAUGCGGUGUUGCCCGCGACGGGGACGAAGGCGACGGGCCAGAUAGGGAUGUAAUAGACUGUCUGUCUCGUAUAAUCAAUCCAUUCUACUAUGGACACCUAUCCACACAUUCACGACUGAUACAAUUUCCCCGCUACUUAAGCGUACACUCGUCACUUGUGCCCUUCCUCUUCCCUUCCCGCCUUAGACCCCCGCCCUCUUUCCACCCCCUACAGCGGCCGACUCCUAUAAAGCAGCACGUACGCCGCCGAGUCCUCCCCGCCGCCGUCGAGCGUGCCCAGCUUCUCCGCGGGGAACACGCUCACCUUAUCAUCAUCAAACUUCAGCCACUCAUCAUCCUCCUCCUCGUCCGCGCCCCCACCAUCCCCGCGUCGGAACGCGCUCCGCUUCGCCCACCCGAUAUAGUGCCCCGCGUCCGCCGCCGCGCCCUUGUGCGUCACGAUCGCGACAAGCUCGUACAGCCCGUGCAGACUGCACCCCUCGUCGCGCCUGAGCUCCUCGCUCACGAGCGCCUCCAGCUCGCGCCGCUCCUCCGCGACCCACGCCGCCUCGCUCUUCUCCGGCGCGUCCACCUCCAUCGGGGCGCCCUCAGUGUUAGUACUGGUAGUGGUAGUCGACCCGGCGCCAGCGUCAGUGUUAGUUGACCCCGCUCCAGGAGUAGUUGAAGAGGCAGUGGAAGCAGUAGGCGCCUUCGUCCGCCGGCGCA